UCAACCGACUUGGUUCUCCUCUCUUCACUAUCAUCAUAUAUAUAUACCCUCUCUAUAUAUAUAUCCUAUACAUAAAACGAUACAAGCACGCGAGAUCUCUUUAUACAUACAUACAUCAUUUCAUACGUACACAUACUUCAUUUUGAGCUGUCUGUCAUAAUAUAUCCAUCCAUGUUCAACAACUCUAGCCGCUACGCUCAGCCACAUGGAACUCGCAAGUUCAGAACCAUCGUUCUGUUCAACGAUUAUAAAACGUUUCCUGAUUACCAUUAUACGGCUGACAUUGAUUCCCAUCUCAUCAAGACAAACGAGAUGCUACAACGUAAUGCCGAGUUCUGGUCAGGCCUACGAUACCCAGAGUGCCGGCCACAUCUGUCAAUUGACACUUUGGUAACCAGAUCUUCCCCAACCAUGCCUUCAUCUCAUUUACCACUCCCUCCUCGAAGUGCGUCGUUUACUCCUCCAUUACUGCAUAGUGACGUUGGAUCCGCUUCGGAUUAUUCCCCUUCCACUCCUCCUGAGCAAGCUGCCUCUUUGGAUGAUGGCAAUAUGAGUGGCAGUGAUUCUCAUUCUGUCAAGCCAGCGAAUGGCGGUAGCAACUCCAGUCUAAGAAGACGACGUGGAAACUUGCCAAAAAACGUCACCGCCUUCCUCCGAAACUGGCUGGUCCAGCAUAAGAGACAUCCUUACCCUACUGAGGAUGAAAAGAUUGACCUUGCACGAAGAACUGCUCUGACUGUCAAUCAAAUCAGCAAUUGGUUUAUCAAUGCACGACGGCGAAUUCUACAGCCUAUCCUACGCAAUGAGCAGAUGCAUGCAGCGUCGGUGGCCAAAAAGGAGCAUGUCAAUAUGCAUGACUAUGAUAAUGGUAUUCCAUUUGAUGAUGGCAAGCGAAAAAAUAUCAGACGCUUACCGCACAGAUCACCUCGCUCUACAAGAGAAACAUACCGACGCAAGCGCGCAUGGGUCACCUCCUCAUAACAAAUCCCACAUAAAAACUGCCUGCUAACCCAUCAAAAUCGAAGGACUUGGCUCCUCUCCAGCAGCACUUGCACUCUUUUCAUCUCCAACAAAACCCACACACGCACGCACAUACUGUACACGCAACACAUAUAUUCUACCUAUGUAUGCCUCUUUGAAAAAACCUCCCCCCCAAAAAAAAAAUAUGUUUUUUAAACGCUACUGGAGAAAACUGCCAUACCGAAGAAAAAAAAAAUUGAACCCAAGGCCCUAUCAAACUCCACUUGUAUUU